AUGAAUUCCACAUCGCCAAGCGGUGCGGCCACUGUAGCAAAUAUUGCCUACUGUUACGUACUGCCUAUUGUGUGUGCCAUAGGAGUUAUAGGAAACAUUACAAAUCUUAUUGUGCUGGCCAGCCGUCGUUUACGAGCCGUUUCGUACAUGUACUUAAGAGCAUUAGCCGUUGCUGAUCUCUUAUGUAUGAUAUUCGUGCUACUUUUCGUGACAACCGAAAUUCUCACGAAAAAUGGUGCACCCAUCAAUCAGUAUAAACUCUAUCAAAUCUACCAGACUCAUUUUAUGCUCACACUUAUUAAUUGGGCUCUUGGAGCUGGCGUAUACGUGGUUGUGGCAUUGUCACUGGAACGUUACAUAUCCAUCGUAUUUCCAAUGCAUUUUCGUGCAUGGAACUCUCCACAGAGAGCAUCAAAGGCUAUUAUCAUUGCCUAUAUUAUUCCUGCUCUAUUAUAUGUGCCAUAUGCAAUCACUCGAUAUAAAAGUAUUGAGAAAUGGGAUGAACAUGUCAAUGCUACCAUCUAUAAGAUAGAUGAUCACGAAGUCUACAGGACAGUACCAUGGCAGAUCUACAAGUGGACGCGAGAAACCAUUUUACGGUUCCUUCCCAUUUUCAUCCUGUCUGUGCUCAAUAUUCAAAUUAUGGUUGCAUUCCGGAAACGACAGAAGAUGUUCCAAAAGCUGACCAAGAGAAAAGAGCAGGGAGCCCAUAAGGAUGAUACAUUAAUGUACAUGCUUGGUGGAACAGUAUUUAUGUCACUUCUGUGCAACAUUCCUGCUGCUAUUAAUUUAUUACUAAUAGAUGAGACGCUUAAACGGCGACUGGACUAUCAAAUAUUUCGAGCAGUCGCAAAUAUCCUUGAAAUAACGAACCAUGCUUCGCAAUUUUACGUGUUCUGCGCAUGCUCGACUGACUAUAGGACGACAUUCCUGCAGAAGUUUCCAUGUUUCAAGAAAACGUAUGCAAAUCGCUCACGAUUGAGAUCAUUUGUGAAGCGGACCCAGUCAGCUAUAACAAGAGAGAAAGAUAGCUCGGAUCAACCAACGUCAAGUCCUAAGGCGGCUGAUUCGCAUCAUUCAAAAGCCUCUCGAAAUCCAGUAGAACCAGAAACUGUUGAUGUCCAUUUGGCAUCCGGAGAAGAGAGUCUAAGCGACGGAAGGGAGUCCGACUCCUUGAUUAACUUUCAACAACUAGAUUUAGUGCCUGUAACACUCUCGGCUAACUUCGUACAAAUGGAAACGACAAAACAUGGAUGCGAUGAACGGAAGCUCUCGCUGUCUCGUAAAUGUGAUACGUACAACACAUUCGGAUUUUCCGAAUUCGGCAAUUGCAAAACCGUGACCGUUUCCAGAUAG